AUUUUCCUAACUUAUUUCGUGUUAUAUAUACUUUUCAAUUGUAAAUGAAUUUGUCGCAAAUUAAACUUCAAAACACCGAAGUUGUUAUUGGCCUUGUCGGCAGCCAGAGCAUAGCACAGCCAGGCGACACGUCUAAAUACUUUACGCGCACGAAUGGCGGCGAGUCCGAGCGGGUUUACGUGGACGGCUGCACAACAGACACUUCGAAUUUGUUUUCCGCUGGAAACCUAAAUAACUAUAUUGAACAUGCAGUCAAAGGAGGAACAUCGGCGCUGUUUAUUUCGGGAUCUGGCAUCACGAGGUUGGCCGACUACGAUCGCAAAAAGCUGAUGAGCGAUCUUUGCCGCAGCAUUGAUCAGUCUAUGGCGCACAUUGACCCGGACAUCAGCAUGACAUAUGCGUUUGUCGGCAUUACAGACAACAAGCUGGUCAACCUGCAGGGCGGGCGCAACGAUGGGCGCAGCAUCAGCGCGGACAAGCUGGAGAAUGGCCUCGCAGGCUUGCACCGCGAAGUGGAAGACUGGGCAGAAACCGAGCACACGAUCUUGCAGGGAACCACGCUGCCAUUCAUCUUGUCGCUUCACUUUGAGAGCUUCAAGGGGGUGCCGACCAACGGGCACCUGUGCCUCGUCGACCUUAAUCUGGUGAGCUGGAUGCCGUUAGGUAUUUCAGGAGACCCCUCAAAAGCAAUGCUGUCCACAAACAAACUCCAUCAGUCGGCAAAGUCUCUGUCAACCCUGGUUCACCUGCUUGCCAACGACGCUGUGCUCAGUGGUGCCACUAUUCCAAACAACGCGCUGGUCAGCCUAGUCAACGAAUUUCUCAAUGGGGAGUGCAAAACUGCCUUUAUCCUCUACCUCAACACCGACGACGGUGCCGCGGAGGACAUGGGCGCAUCGGUCGAUCUGAUAAAAUCGUUGCGCAAGCUGCGUAGCCGCGAAAUUGUCCGCCCAGUCGACCGCCGCGUCAUGUUUUUCUACGAAAAGGCAAAAUUCUACCAGGACGCAAAAUACAGGUUACAAGACGAGCUCGCGCAGACAUUCGAUAAGAACGAGCAGCUAGAGAAGGACCUCGACGAUAUUCAGAGCGAUUUUAGCGCCGAGCGCGAGGCAUUGGCCAAGGAGGUCGAGCAUUGGCAGGCGAAGAGCAAGACGCUGGAGGAGACCAUGCAGGCGUUAAAGUCAGAGUCCGCAUGUAUUGAGGCCGAUGUCCGUUGGGAGAACGCAAAGCUGGUGACGGAAAAACUCGCUCUAAAAGAUGAGCUGCGGCGCGCCGAAGUCGAGAUGACUGCCGCUGAGGACUCAAACUCCAAGCUCAUUGAUCUGUAUGAGGGCCUGCAAAGCUCGUACAACGGAUUGGACUCGGUGUACAGUGAGCUACUGAAUGCGUACCGUAAGCUCAAGGACCGCUUCGGCACACUGGCUGAGGACAACUUGGCCCAGCGCCAGACGAUUGGUGACUUGGAGACGUGGGCCGAGGAGAAAGCGCAGAGAAUUUCAGAGCUUAAGGCUGAGAUAACCUCGGUUGCUGCCGACCGCGACAGACAGCUGGAGGCGCUUGAGCGCAGGCACGCGCAGGAUGUCGAGGCCCUAGAGAUCCAGAUCAGCGCUGAGACCCAGCGGGCAGCUGAGCUUGCCGCCAGGGUAGCACAAUUGGAGACAGAGAACAAAUCGCUUUCCGUGUCGCAGUCCAGGGAAGUUGCAGAUCUCCAGUCCAUAAUACAUGAUCUAUCCUCACAGCUCGAGAUCUCGCAGCGCCAGACAGCUGCAGAGACUGCGUCCAUGACAAAGACACUGCGUGCUUCUGAAAACCUGGCCAAGCGCCUGGAGUCUGAAAACACCCGGCUGACCAACAAAGUUGACGAGCUCAUGGCCAACGACGAUAUCAAGAUGGAACUGGCCGACAAGGAGUCGCAGUGGGGCAAGGAGCGCGAACAGCUGACACGUCAAAUUACUCGCCUACAGCAAACUGCCGAGAACGCCGAGCGCAGGGAGUCUGAGCUGCGCGAGGAAAGCGAAGCGCAGUGGUCGUCAUGGGAGGCGGAGAAGAAUCGCAACCAUGAAAAGUACCUCAAACUGAAGGAUCGCUUCCGCGAAGCCGUAGAGUAUGCGGCGGACGUGCAAGUCAAACUCGAAGAAGAGCGUGAGGGUGUUACUGGGACGGCUGCAUUUUCAUAUAGCGGCAGCACAGACAGUGCCAACGGGGACUCUCACAAGCAUACUCAAAUAAAGCCAGUGCCACAGCGCAAGGCGCCGGCCAAGAUCAAGAAGCCAGCGAUUAGGAGGAAGUCAGUACAAUUCUCUGAAACGGUCGAGGAAGAGGAAACGCAGGGUGAAAUUCAAGUUGGUAUUCAGGCUGACGAUGGUGCAGAUGCUGGUGCCAAAGCAAGCGAGACUGAUAUGGAGAUGGAGAUCGAUGAGCCUGCGCCUUCAACAUUUGCGCUCCCCGUAUCUCCUAUCGCACAGCGAGCGUCCAGGCUGCACACUGCAACUCGCACUCGCACACGCAACUCGCGGCCCAACUAUGCUGAAUCUGACGACAACGAUGAUAACUUUGGACUGGUCGAUAUUGAGCCCGGCUGCAAUCGCAGAGUCUCAAAGGUGGCAAAUGCCAAGCCGCGCAUCAGCCGGGCAGCUCGCUCGGAAUUACCAACACCAGACGCACCCAAUAUUGAAAAUGCGGACAGCGACGACUCGGAGAUUACAUUCAACACAUCAUCGAUCUUGCCACCAGUACCGGCAGCCAAGCCGCGCAAGGCGCUGCGAGGCAGAAAGACCGCCGAGGAGCUGGAUGCCGAGCUGAGGACCCAGCCGGCAAGGAGGCGGGCAGGCACAAGUAAGAGCAAUGGCAGUUGCAGCACCAAUAGCAGUGGCAACGCUGGGGGUGCAGCAAUGGACACAGUGGAGGUAGAGAAUAUUGCUUUGCAAGCAAAGAAGAUAUCGCCAAAACGCAAGCGUGCAGUAGUGGCGAAGCGGGCGCCCAGAUCCAAGGCGUUAGGUGUGGCCGCUGUCGAUCAGCUUGCCGAGUCGGUUGAAGCAACGGUGAUUUCGCAGUCCGCUGCACCCGCCUUUGCUGCUGGGGAGGGUGCAGGCGCGAAUACACUCAAGAAGAAGCGCAAGCUCAAUCUGAACCGCAUGCGCAACCUGCUGGGCCUCCCCGUUGAUAGAUCCGCCAUGCUGACAAACUCUAAUCCGCAGGCCAUCAAGUUCAUGGUCCCGAAAAUUGGGCCCGCCAGCUCCUCAGCUGGUCAGUCGGUGACGUCAGCGGCAUCUGAAGCUGAUCCAUAUGACACUGAUUGAAUGUUCUAAACACCUUUCAUUAAUCAAUCCAAUUGAUCCAUCCACCCUAACCCCAGCUGGCUUUUUUUAAAAAAUUGCUGCGGGCAGCCAACUGGUGGUGCGAUUCUCUUUUCUCCAAGUUUA